GCAGUCUGUUUCUUUUCCAAAUGGAACUCGUAGUUUUUCGGUAAACCGAAGGCCAGAACUCUCCCUCUCCCUCUCCCUUCGGCAGUAACUCCCCUAUUUUGGUGGCUGUAAGCCUUCCUCUUGCUUGUAACAUAAGCGAUCACUGAUUCACUCUUUUUUCUACGUUUUAGCUUCCAUUUAAGAUAUAAACAGCAGCCAUCAAGAGCAAACUACCUUCCUUUUAGGAGACAUUCUCGUCAAUUCUUCUCCCCCCACACUUCAGCAGUACCCAGCGAAAAUCAAGCAACUUCUCAGCAGUCGUCAAUUGUAAAGUUAUGCCACUUCCACUGUAUUAGACGAGACAGACUUUCUCCUUUGUAGAGAGAAUAAAGGGCUGAUCGUUCAUACAGAACUUGUAAUAUGGCACGAGAAUCAGCCUCUGAUCUUAUGUUUGUGGAUGAUUUUUACUUCUCAUUACUCUUUGAUGAAAACGAAGAGGAGAUUAUUCAUCCAAAAAAAAGAAGAAAAAUAGAAAAAGAAGAGGAGAUUUUCCCAGUGUCAGAUGCCAAGUAUGCGGAAGGGUUGCAGUUCCAAGAGGCUCUUAUGGGCUCCCUGAUCACUUCUCAAAUGGCAAACAAUGGGGCCUCAUCAUCAUCACCAACAAUCCAAGCAAGUCCUCCGGCCCACAACCCAGAGCCAGAGGAGGCAACAAGAGAAGCCGGAGAAUCAUCGCAUAGCUUUUGCAACAUUUGUGUGGAGAGGAAAGAUAGUGACCAGAUGUUCAGAAACGAGAGCUGCGUUCACUCAUUUUGUUCUGACUGCAUUAGCAAACAUGUUGCCACAAAGAUCCAAGAUGGCAUAACCGUUGUUUAUUGCCCUGAAUUGGAAUGCAAGGGUGUUCUAGAACUCGAUUCUUGCAGGCCAAUGCUUUCCAAAGACGUGCUGGAAAGGUGGGACGAGGUGCUAUGCACAGCGCUGUUUGCAUCUCAGAUGAUGUUUUACUGUCCUUUCAAGGACUGUUCAGCCAUGUUGGUGAAUGAUAACGAAGAAGGAGAAGUCAUUAAGGAGUCGGAGUGUCCACUCUGCCAUAGACUCUUCUGCGCACAGUGUUAUGUCCCCUGGCAUCCAGGGAUAGAGUGCGAAGAGUUCCAGAGACUAAAUGAGAGUGAGAGAGGAAGAGAGGAUCUCAUGCUGAGGGAGCUUGCUCGGCAGGAGAAAUGGAAGAGGUGUCCCAAUUGCAAGUACUAUGUGGAAAGGACUGAAGGUUGUUUACAUAUGACUUGCAGGUGUGCAUUCCAGUUUUGCUAUGGAUGUGGAGCAUCAUGGACUAACGAUCAUGGUGCUUGCCGGUGAGAUUAAAUGACUUGGCAAAGCAUAAUGAGGAUGUUAUUGUAAAAUCACAUCGCUAUAUUAGUAUGUAUAUAUCAACUCUUUUGUGUUACUGAUCUUAAUAUUGAUAGGAAAUGUUUGUACUGGGAAAGGAAUAUGCGUCAGGAUGUUUAUUUUGCAUGACACUGUGGUUUGUAUAUCUAUUUAAGUGGUGGAAUUGCACCUAUCUUUCACGAUGCAUAAAAGAGCCCAGUCAUUUGAGGACUUGAGCAGCAUCAGUGAAAUAAGCAGUUUCUUGUUAGGAAACUUGAAAUGCGUAACUAUUCAAGGAAAUUAGCCACAUUUGCAUUAUUA